AUGGCAUCGGUCGACGUGAAAAUGGUUGAUAUGGAUAUUCCAAAUCAGAUGGGAGCGCUGAAGGUCGAUUCAACAUCGGGAGAAGAAAUGAACGAUUAUGAGAGUACAGAUGAAUCUUCAGUUGACGAAAGUUCCUUCCAACCACGAGGCCUGACAACAAGAGAGUUACCAACUGGGCUUUGCUAUGAUGAGCGCAUGCGAUAUCAUGCAGAGGUUUCUGCCUUGUCAGCAGAGGCGGUUCAUCCAGAGGAUCCUCGCCGAAUCUACUACAUCUACAAGGAGCUUUGUGAAGCUGGUCUGGUAGUCGCAAAGGGCUUCGAUGUUAUGGUUGAGCAACCACUGCUUCGUAUCGAUGCACGUGAGGCGACUGAGGAUGAGAUCAGAUUGAUUCACACUGACGAACAGUACCGAUUUGUGCAACACACAUCGAGGAUGACCAACGAAGAACUCAUUGACCUAGCGGAACAUGGCGAUUCGAUCUACUUCAAUAAGCUCUCAUAUUUCUCUGGGUUGCUCUCGGCUGGUGGAGCCAUCGAGACAUGCAAAGCGGUGAUGGAAGGACGGGUCAAAAAUGCUAUCGCUGUCAUCCGCCCGCCAGGUCAUCAUGCUGAAGCUGAACAACCAAUGGGCUUUUGCUUGUUCAACAACACUUGUAUUGCUUCCAAAGUCUGUCAAAAACUCUAUGAUAUGAAAUGUAGGAAGGUUUUGAUCCUAGACUGGGAUGUUCACCACGGAAACGGCUGCCAGAAGUCAUUCUACAACGACCCAAAUAUUCUCUACAUCUCGCUCCACGUUCACAUGGGUGGAAAAUUCUACCCGUCAGGUCCAGAAGGCGGUAUGGACAGAUGUGGUGUCGGUGCUGGAGAAGGAUACAAUGUUAACAUCCCGUGGGAGACUAAAGGGAUGGGAGAUGGUGACUACAUGUAUGCAUUUCAGCAUGUUGUUAUGCCCAUCGCUACAUCCUUCGACCCUGAUCUUGUUAUUGUGUCAGCUGGUUUCGACGCCGCCGCUGGAGAUGAACUCGGUGGAUGCAACGUCACUCCAGCUUGCUAUGCCCACAUGACACACAUGCUGAUGUCACUCGCUCAGGGAAGAGUUGCUGUAUGUUUAGAAGGCGGUUACAAUUUCCGAGCCAUUUCAAGAUCUGCUUUGGCAGUCACACGCACACUCAUGGGCGAACCACCGGAUCGCUUGGAGGCAACAAGUGCAACAGAUUCAGCGGUCCGAGUCAUCGAAGAUGUCAAGAAGACUCAGUCAAGAUACUGGAGAUGCAUGUAUCCGAGAGCGCCGACCAGCGGAAUUUACGGUGGUGAGAGGCUGCACGAUAUUAUCAGAGCGUACCAAGCUCAAAACUUGUUCAACAAAUACAAGCUUACGGAACUCUUGAUUUUACGAGACAAAAUCUCGAAGUCAUUCGAUAAGCAAGUGUUGGGCUCGAUAUCUUACGAGAGACGAAAACACCUGAUCGUUUUCUUCCACGACCCUCCUGACCUCCUGACCGGCAAUAAUCCUUUAGCGGCGCAACAGAAACCUCACGACACUUGGAUGCUUGAUGGUUCGCAGGCCUACAUACAAUCUGCUGUGAAGCACGGCAUCGGUGUGAUCGACGUCAACAUACCAGAGUUCAUAACCAUUACGGCAGACCCGAGCGUGGAUGACAAGAAACAUGCUCACCAAGAGAUUGCAUACAACAGUCAUUACACGGACGCUGCACGUACAGAAGGUGAAAAACUUGCGAGCUAUAUAUGGGAAAACUAUAUUGAACCUUAUGAUUUCGAGGGUGGUAUCUGGCUUAUCGGCGCAGGAAGUGCUUUCCAUGCUGUUUGGAAACUGGUUACCGAAAAGGAGAACAUCCACACACGGCUCAAUGGUGUGAUUGGCUUCAAUUGCGACCAUCCUGCACGACAGAUCAACCCCAAUAGUAACAAUGCAUAUGCCUCGUCUUGGUUCCGUGAACACUCUAGGAUAUAUGUGGCUAAGAACCACGAGAUCUGGCGAAGAGCAGAACAACUGGGCAAGACUCCCUCAAAGCGAUACGGCAAACUGUUUAAGAGUCCAGAAACCAUGCUGAACUCGAUGAUGCAAAAACAUCUUCCCGAGGUGUUUGAUUUCAUCCGCGAAACAGCCAACCUUCAGGCAGAUAGCGAUUCAGACGCCGACCUACCAAUCCCAAUGCCCGAAGACGAGGGCAACUCACCUCUCAAAGGAUCAGCUUUCUCCUCACCACCACAAACCCGACCACUUACCGCCGCUGCGACAGCUCAAUCCUCCGCAGCUCUCAGGGGAGCCCUCAGCCCACCAGCCACCGGCAAUGCUGCCCAACGUCCAUCCCCAGGAACCAAUACUUACCCCCAACAAGGCACCACUCCACUAGGUGGACGAUCACCACUACCCCCGCCCGCACAGCGAGCACUCGGAACCAUACCACAAUCCCAUUCUCCCACGUCUCCACCCGCAUAUCUCACGCGUCCGGAACAACAACAACACGACCCAGGUAGCUAG